AUGGAUGUAAGCGUCGUGCAUUGCUACGAGAAAGAAUUAGCCAAUUUACAGUUGAACCAAGUCACUCCGGAACUAGCUCUUAAGAUCCGCGACAAUGUGAAUGAUAUGAAAUGGUUGGACAGGCACCUCUGCCGCCUGCUUUUACGCGGAGAUGCCGAAAGUAGCACAAACAGUGCCGUUUAUGCAGUUCGCUACUACAAUAAAAAAGAGAACUUCCUUCGUCACUUCGCGUUGAGACAGUCUUCCAAAGUUGAGCAAGUAACGGUGACCUUUGCCAUCACCACGCUAUGUCACUGCAGUCAACGGUAUCGAAACAGGAUUGUACGCUACUAUUAUGAGUUACCCGUGCUGCAGUCUGCGCCUCCUACUGUACUCCGUUUAGACGUAUCUUUGGAUAUCCUAAAUUUUCCACAUUUGUGGGAUCAGUUUUUGUGGACGGCAGGUGGCACUUUCCUAAGCAAAAUUGAAUAUUCGAAGAAAGAUGCAAGGGGAGGAGAAACAAUGCUACUGAGCGAGUAUGAUUGUGCCAUUUUUGAUGCCGAUUAUUGGGCAUCUGAUGCAGAUCAUGAAUGCCUGAACCUCCUCGGCAAUAUCCUGACAUCGCGGCAAACAUUUGUUGUGGCGGGCUCGAUGGCACGUAUAAGUGAUCUCACUUCAAAUUUCGACUGCAUGAAGCACAUGUUCCAGACAUUAGGCGGUUUCCGCUUUCGCCCUUUUUCUGCGUUGCAUACCAAUUGGCGAAUUUGGUGUAAUAGACACCAAAACAAUCCGACCCUCAAUCUCGUGGAGAUAGCACACUGGGCCUGUCUCGACAUCACUUUGAGGAGGAGUAGGGGAACACGCACUCAGAUAUGCUUGUGA